AUGGGGGCGUCCUGCAAAGUGAAUUCGGCCGGAGCAGAGCGGACGGCUAAAGCAAUUAGCCACCUUUUCGGCGCGCGCGUGUCGGCCCUCGCUAAACGCAUUACGAGUGCAGACGUCGAAGGUGGACCCAACGGCAUGCGUCAACUCCACAAACACAUCGGAAUGGCCACCUUGUGCCUUAGCGCGCUGGGUGCCGGCGAUAGGAUCGGUGGUUCCGUCUCCACGGGGCGAGGUGCUAAUCCGUUUGUUGCUAUUGGCGUCCGCGCACGGAUCCCUAAUGAGCCGGCAACGUGCAGCCACGUCGGAGAUGGCGCCUCAUUUGGCGCAGCGAUAGCGGAGGGCGCGGAGCGAAACACGCCGUUUGUGUUGUGUAGUUGGAGAGUUGAGAAAGAUGGUAUGCACGUACUGCUGGAAUUAAACUGCUAUCCGCCGCCUGGUGCGGGAAUGAGCUGGGGCGUCGCGACGCGUCUCCCGACUCCUAAUCGCGUCGUAAAUCAUCCGCGGAGCGUGUUAUUAAAGCCGCGGGCGACCUUCGCCUCGGCCCGUCUCGCGAAAUUUGACCGUGCUGAACUCGUUACUGACGACGUGUUAACGGCGAAUGUUAUAAGCUCAGUUAUUUUACGAUUUACUAGGAAAUUCCUGGUGGCCGAUGCAACGUGCGCUUUGAGGCAGACGGCUGGCCCCGGGAGUGGCGUCGAGGGCGCCCUCCAUCACGUGUGCUCGACAAAAGAGCCCGCAGCGGAGCGGAGAGGGCGCGACGGCCUCUCCGCUCCUUCAGACAACACGCCACGAUGGCAAGUUUACAAACCGACAAUGUUCACGAUAAAGUCUAUUCAUUUGGCAAAUAUU